CAACACUUUUCCUCCACAGAGUGAGAGAGAGAGAGAGAGGAGAGCUGAGUUGUCUUGGAAAUGGAAGAAGGCUUCUGGUUGCCUCUUCUUGCAGCAGUUGCUGUAAUUCUGUUUUCGUUCUUUGUAUUCACGAAGUUCUUCAACAAGAAGACAAACACAAGUACAGUUUCAGAUUCAGAAACUUCUUCUUCAAAUCCUAACUCUUCAUCCACCUCCAAUCCACUUCCAUCUGCCCCCUACGAAGUCUUCCUCAGCUUCAGAGGCCCCGACACUCGAUACGCCUUCACAGAUUUCCUCUACAACGAUCUCGUCGAUGCCAGAAUUCGCACCUUCAGAGACGACAACGAGCUCCGAAAAGGAGAAGAGAUCGGCCCUGAGCUCCUCAGAGCAAUUACAGAAUCCAAGAUUUCAAUCCCGAUCUUCUCCAAGAACUAUGCGUCCAGUAAAUGGUGCCUUCGCGAGCUAGCAAAAAUGUGGGAAUGCAGGACAAGCAUGGGACAGAUCAUUUUGCCCAUUUUCUUUGACGUUGAGCCGUCCGAUGUGCGGCAUCAAACGGGGACUUACAAGAAGGCCUUCAACGAGCACCAGAGGCAUUUCGAUGGCGACACCGUGCGGGGAUGGAGGGAGGCAUUGAAAGGCGUUGGAGCAUUGAAAGGAUGGGAUUUGAACAAGGAAACUGGAGGGCAUCAAGGAAAGCUCGUGAAGAUGGUUGUUUCAAAAGUGUUGUUAGAGUUAAAGAAGAAUUACAUGGUUGUAACUGACAGAUUGGUUGCAAUUGAUCAUCACAUAGAAGAAGUAAGUAGAUUAUUAGAUUUUCACUCCAGUGAUGUAAGGAUUGUUGGAAUCCAUGGCAUGGGUGGGCUUGGCAAGACAACUAUUGCCAAAGUCAUAUACAACAAACUCUCCAAGUCCUUUGAACACUGUAGCUUUCUUGCUGAUGUUCGAGAAAUUUCACAACAAAAGGGUCUUGUUAACUUACAAAUUCAACUGAACUCCAAAAUCCUAAAGCGAAAAGGCCUCGACAUUGAUACUGUUAAUGAUGGACACCAAAUGACAAAAGACACAGUUUUUGGAAAGAAAGUUCUCAUUGUUUUGGACGAUGUGGCUGAAUCGUCUCAAUUUGAGAUGCUUGUCGGAGAACGUGAUUGGUAUGGCUCGGGAAGCAGGUUCAUUGUUACAACAAGAAACAAAAAGGUUUUAGAUGAUCUCAAAGUAGAUGGGGCUUACGAACCACCAACAAUGGAACCAUAUUAUUCUCUUCAACUUUUUAGCAAGCAUGCCUUUAGGGAGGACUUCCCUCCAGACGACUAUGAUCUUCUUUCCAGAGAUGUUGCAUCCACUGCUGCUGGGCUUCCUUUGGCUCUUGAGAUUAUAGGUUCACUUUUAUGUGGCAGGGGGAAAGCGGUAUGGAAAGAUACAUUGAAGAAGUUGAGAAAAAGACCGGAUGACAAAGUCCAGGCAAUAUUGAGAAUAAGUUAUGAAGCAUUAGAUUAUGAGCAAAAGCAGAUAUUUCUCGACAUUGCAUGUCUUCCCAUUGGAAUGGAUAAAGAAACUGCUGAGAUUGUACAUCUUCCCGUUGGAAUGGACAAAGAAAAUGCUUUUUACAUGUGGGAUGCUUGUGAAUUUUUUCCUGAAAGUGGGAUUGACGUCCUCCUUCUCAUGUCUUUGGUGAAAAUUGAAAAAGAUGAUAUCUUAUGGAUGCAUGAUCAGCUUAUAGGCCUCGGUAGAGAAAUUGUUCGUCAUGAAAAUUUCAAUGAGCCUGGGGAACGUAGUAGAUUGUGGUCUCAUGAGGAGGCCUUGGAUGUAUUGGAGGGGCGCAUGGGUACUAAAAAGGUUGAAGUCCUCUGUCUUGACUUCAAAUUGGAGUAUCCGGGCCUUUGUUUUACAAGUGAAGUAUUCACAGAACUUUCAAGUCUAAGGUUUCUCAAAGUGGAUUACGCAGAACUAACCGGAGAUUUUAAGCAUCUUUUUUCAAAGUUAAGAUGGCUUCAUUGGCGCAAAUGCCCAGGGAAAUUGACGCCAACCAAUUUUUAUCUAAAGAAUCUGGUCAUUCUUGAUCUAUCAUGGAGCAGCAUUACAAAUGAUUGGCAGGCUUGGAGUCAAAUCAAGAUGGCAGUAAAGUUGAAAGCUCUAGAUCUCUCAUAUUGCAAUUGCUUAACCAGAACUCCUGACUUCUCUACAUUUGCAUGCUUAGAGAGAUUGAUUCUUAGAGGGUGUAGAAGUAUGACUCAUAUUGAGUCGUCCAUUGGGAAUCUAAUAAGUUUGAGAGUGCUUGACAUUAGUGAAUCUGCCAUAACCAAGUUACCUGAUGCUAUUGGAAAGUUAGAGGAUCUUGAAAUGAUUAAUGCCUCGAGUUGUAGUUUGCAAGGGGAAAUUCCUAGUAGUAUUGGGAGAUUGUCUUCUUUGAGAAUCUUGAGAUUAGAUUCUACCAAGAUUUGUCACCUACCAACAAGUAUUUGUUGCCUUUUUCGCCUCCAAACCCUUGAUUUACUGAGCUGCAAUGAGCUUCAAUCUCUGCCACAGCUUCCUCCUAGUUUAACUAGUCUACGUGUCACAUGUAAAGAAAUGGAGGCAUUUCCAAGUCUUCCCAACCUGGUGAGCUUGAAUGAUUUGUACAUAAAUGAGUGCCCAAAUCUUUUGGAAGUCGACGUCAGGACCUUAUUUAAAUUGAAGACAUUGUCCUUGUGCAGAGUCGGCAUUAGGACCUUACCGGCAGAGGUUGGUGGUCUUUCUGGGCUCAAGAAACUCGAAAUAAAGUUCUGUGAAAAUCUUCAUUGUAUCUUGGGACUUCCCUCAGGUUUACUCAAUCUUUUUAUAGAUGAUUGUGAAUCAUUGCAAAGAUUGCCAGAUCUGUCAAAUUUGAAAAUUUUAUCAGAAUUAAAGGUUUUUAAUUGUGCUGAGCUAAUAGAGAUUCGAGGCCUUGGGAAAUUAGAAUUGCUGACAAGUUUAAAUUUAUCAUUCUGUGAAGAGCUACGUGAGCUUGGUGGGCUUGAACAGUUAGAAUCUUUAAGAUACAUCGAUAUAAGAGAGUGUAUGUUCUUAAAAAGAUUACCAGAUGUAUCCAACUUAAAGAAGUUGCAAAAAUUAGUUGCCAUGGGCUGUUUGAACCUGAUUGAUAUUGAAGGUCUACAGAGAUUGGAAUCCUUAGAACAUUUGGAUAUUAGUGAGUGCAUGUCCAUAGAAAAAAUACCUGAUGUAUCAAAGUUGGGGAUGCUGAAAGAAUUGGUGCUUCGUGAGUGCAACAAUUUAGUUGGGACUGGAGGCCUUUUGGUUUCGAAAUCCUUGGAAAAAUUGGAUAUGUCAUCUUGCAAAUGGUUAAAAGGAUUGCCAGAUCUGUCAAACCUCAACAAUUUGAAGGAACUUAAGAUAAAUGGUUGGGAUAAAUUGAUUGAGACCCAGGGACUCGAGAAGCUGAAAUCAUUAGAGUUAUUGAACAUUGCUGAUUGCAAGUCGCUGGAAAAGUUACCGAAUAUGUCAAACCUAACCAGUUUGAUUACUUUAAUAGCUUAUGGUUGCGAGAAACUAACUGAAAUCGGGGGACUUGAAGAAUUGAAAUGCUUACGGUUUUUGGAAAUUACUGGAUGUGAGUUGAUUGAAAAGUUACCAAAUUUGCCAAGCACAGAAAUACGCAAGCAUUCAUCAGCAAUUCUGCUCUCAUUCAUCAGCAAUGCUACUUUUGACUUAUCAAUAUCAAGCAACCUCAUGGCCUGUUAUAAUUGAUCGUAGCAAGAAUUAUAUGAACAGAGUAAAUUUAUUGGAAGUUCAACCUAAUUUGCCACAAUCUAGAUGUCGUGCAUGCAAAGAAUAAUUUGAAAUACAUAGCAGCACCUGAGUGAUUCAUGUAUGAAUGAAGUUCAUUAAUUUUUGUUGCAAUUCUUGUGCAUUGAUUUCUUAGAGACCUUUAUUUGUGUUGUAUGCACUUGGACUUUGGUGAGUCUCUAGAUAAAUUGCAACUUACCUAGUGCAUGAAGAUACUUUCCCUUUUUCUUUGGUCUUUGAGUGCUAGAAGGCAUAUAUGUGUUCCAGUACUUACAUUUGACAAAACUAGACAUGUUUUGGUAAUGAAUUAAUUUCAACUAACCUAUUUAUUAUUCCUUGAUUUUUGAAAAUAUCAAGUACCAUAGGGAAGACCAAAAGGGCUUAGAUUUGCAGAGUGCCCAAUGCCUAGUGAGGCCCAAGGGUCAAUAUAGCAGCAGACCAAUUAUCACUGAGACAGCAGAGCCAGUCACAGCCUAGCCCACUUAUUUUAAAAACAUAAAUCAUUAUUCUUCUUGGAUUUUUUUUUUUUUUUUUUUUGGGUCAUAAAUGGAAUCAUUGAGCAAGCAGUGGACUCCUACACACAGUGCCUUGACUUGUGGGGCAUGCCUGAGGGACAUUGAAUUUCAGUCCCUCAGAAUGCACUAGGGUGGCUCAUUGAGGAUGAGGUUGGUGCUUUGAGGGAAUCCUUAGGUACCUUGGGAGAUUGUCCUCUUUGAGAAUCUUCCAAUUAGAUUUCACUAAGAUUAGUCACCUACCAACAAGUAUUUGUAGGCUUUCUUGCUCCAAACCCUUGAUUUACUGGGCUUUGAUAAGCUUCAAUCGCUGCCUCAGCUUCCUCCUAGUUUAACUAGUCUACAUGUCACAUGUAAAGAAAUGGAGGCAUUUCCAAGUCUUCCCAACCUGAUGAGUUUGGAGGAAUUGUACUUAAGAAAGUGUCCAAAUCUUUUGGAAGUCGAUGUCAGGAACUUAUUUAAAUUGAAGACAUUGUCCUUUUACGAAGUCGGCAUUAGGACCUUGCCAGCAGAGGUUGGUGGACUUUCUGGGCUUGAGAAAGUUGAAAUAGCAUUGUGCAAAAAUCUCCAUUGCAUUGUGGGACUUCCCUCUGGUUUACUCAAACUUUCUGUAGAGGACUGUGAAUCAUUGCAAAGAUUGCCAAAUCUGUCAAAUUUGAAAAUUUUAUCAGAAUUACAGGUUUGUUAUUGUCCUGAACUAAAAGAGUUUCGUGGCCUUCGGAAUUUAAAAUUGCUGGCAAGUUUAAAUGUACAAUGGUGUGAAUAGCUACGUGAGCUUGGUGGGUUUGAACAGUUAGAAUAUUUAAGAUACAUAGAAGUAAAGGAGUGUUGUUUGUUAAAAAGGUUACCAGAUAUACAGAGAUUGGAAUCCUUGGAACAUUUGGAGAUAAGUGUGUGCAUGUCCAUUGAAAAAUUACCUGAUCUAUAAAAUUUGGGGAUGCUGCUGGCAAGUCAUUGGAAAAAUUACUGAAUAUGUUGAACCUAACCAGUUUGAUUACUUUAAUAGCUUCUCGUUGUGAGAAACUAACUGAAAUCGGGGGACUUGAAGAAUUGAAAUCCCUACGGUUGUUGGAAAUUGCUAGAUGUGUGUUGCUUGAAAAGUUACCAGAUUUGCCAAACACAGAUAUAUGCAAGCAUUUAUCUGAUGACCCUCAGCUCUACUUUCAAUGACCUGCGGCUCUACUUUCAUUAAUCAACAAUGCUACAUUUGACAUAUCACUAAAAAAGCUGCCCGAUGUGCUGGUACCACAGGGAGGACCAAAAGGCUUAGAUUUGCAGAGUGCCCAAUGCCUAGUGAGGCUCAACGGUCAAUGUAGCAGCAGGACCGGUUAUCCCUGAGACAACAGAGCCAGUCACAGCCUUGCCCACUUCUGGAUUACGCUUGUGCUGGA